AUGGAUUCCGUCCCCCCGGAAGCACCGGGACUGCCUCUAGGAAGCUCGACUCCACCAAGCCGAGUCGGAUCUGUUGAUGGUACCGGGCUGGACACCGUGGACCGCUUCCGGGUCUGUUUUUUGCCACUACAGAUUAUGGGCUCCCCCAUCUGUGGCUCAUACAGACAGACAAUCAAUGUUACCACAGCAGCAACAGGAUGGGGUCUGGCCCUGGCUUGUGAUACUUUGGUGUCUCAGACAUUUGGGGGUAAGAAUAUGUUACAGGUGGGAGUGAUCCUUCAGAGGGGCAUCAUCAUCCUCGUGUUGUUCUGUCUGCCUUGCUGGGCACUCCUUAUCAAUGCCCAGGCCAUACUGCUGUGUCUGAGCCAAGACCCUGAGGUUGCCAGAAUAGCCCAGCUGUAUAUUACAGCCUUCCUUCCUGCAGUACCAGCCAUGUUUCUUUAUCAUCUCCAGGUCUCCUAUCUGCAGAACCAGGGAAUAAUCCUCCCACAAAUGUACACUGCUGCUCUGGCAAACAUAGCAAACAUCGGGACUAAUUACAUCUUACUUUACUGGCUGGAUAUGGGUGUUGGUGGCUCUGCAGCAGCAAACACCCUGUCUCACAUAUACAACUGUAGCUUUCUUUUUGCCUACAUUUGGUGGAAGAAGCUCCAUGCAUCAACAUGGGCAGGCUGGUGUGUUGAAUCACUGCAGGACUGGGGCUCCUAUAUGAAACUGGCCAUCCCCAGCACGUUAAUGACUUGUUUUGAGUGGUGGGUUUAUGAGUUUGGGGGAUUCUUUGCAGGAAUGAUGAGUGAGGAUGAGCUUACAGCCCAGCAUGCAGUGAUUACGGUGGUAUCCAUCAUCUACAUGUUUCCUCUCGGGAUUCAGGCUGCAGCAUGCGCUCGGGUGGGGAAUGCUCUCGGUGCAGGAGACACUGCCAGGGCGCUUCUCACCAGCAAGAUGUCACUAACCCUUGCAGUGCUUGAGUACCUGACCGCUGAGAUCCUGGAGCUGGUGGGAACCUCGGCUCGUGACAAUGGGAGGACCGGGAUCAUCCCCCAGCACCUUCAGCUGUCAGUCCAUGGCGACGAGGAGCUUGUAGACUGCUGGGAGGAGUGA